AAGACCAGUUCAACGAAACUAGUUCACAUUUAAGCAGUUGCAACCCUAGUUUUUUUUUUAAUACAUAUAUGUUUUAAAAACAUAUGCGGAAUCGCAAAGAUAAAACGGAUUUAACCGAUUGCAAAGGAUCAAGGAUAAAUCGACGUAACGCGCGACGUUGACGGCGACAGCGACGCUCACUGCGACGCCGACUGCGACAGAGCGACAGUGGCGACAAUGGUGUGCUGUGCGUGUGUGUGUGUUUUGUAUCGUGUUGUCUGAUUGUGUGCCGUUGUUGUUGUUGUUUUUGCGUGUGGCCAAACGGACGGACAGUGGGGCAAAACGGCGUACAGUGGACCACACUCGCGAUAUCCUUGCCACGAAACACAAUAGCAAGUUGACAAAAAAAAAACGAAGAUAAUAACAAAAACAAAGAGGUACGGGGUGUUCAUGUCGCCAAAAGUGGGCCUUUGAUGCCCUCGCAGGACUCCCGAGGACGACGACGACGACGACUGGUGGACUCGAAGGACCAGGACCAUGCUGCCCAUCAGCGAAUUGCAGCAGCAGCAGCGGCAGUUGGAGCAACUUCAUCACCAGCAGACACCAGAGAUUCCAAUUCCAGAUCUGGAGCAAGUAGAGCCCCAGGUGGGCGAUGGCAGCCUGUGGACAGCACUGUACGACUACGAGGCCCAGGGCGAGGAUGAGCUGACCCUGCGGCGAGGCGAAAUCGUGGUCGUCCUGUCAACGGACAGCGAAGUUUCCGGCGAUGUGGGCUGGUGGACGGGAAAGAUCGGGGAUAAGGUUGGCGUCUUCCCCAAGGACUUUGUCACCGACGAGGACCCACUGCAAAUGAAUGUCUCCUCCGCCAUUGGCGACAUCCAGCCGCAUGAGAUCGAGUACAAUGAGAUGGAAAUCAAGGAGGUCAUCGGUUCCGGUGGCUUCUGCAAGGUCCAUCGCGGCUACUACGAUGGCGAGGAGGUGGCCAUAAAGAUUGCCCAUCAGACGGGCGAGGAUGAUAUGCAACGGAUGCGGGAAAAUGUCCUGCAGGAGGCCAAACUCUUCUGGGCCCUCAAGCACGAGAAUAUAGCCGCCCUGCGAGGCGUUUGCCUGAACACCAAGCUGUGUUUGGUAAUGGAGUACGCCAGGGGCGGCAGCCUUAAUCGCAUCCUGGCUGGCAAGAUACCACCCGAUGUCCUGGUCAAUUGGGCCAUUCAAAUAGCCAGGGGCAUGAACUAUCUGCACAACGAGGCGCCCAUGUCGAUCAUACACCGCGACCUCAAGUCCUCCAAUGUCCUGAUCUACGAGGCCAUCGAGGGUAAUCAUCUGCAGCAAAAGACGCUCAAGAUCACAGACUUCGGUUUGGCCAGGGAGAUGUACAACACGCAGAGGAUGAGCGCGGCGGGCACGUACGCCUGGAUGCCACCAGAGGUCAUCAGCGUUAGCACCUACUCCAAAUCCUCUGAUGUUUGGAGCUAUGGUGUAUUGCUGUGGGAAUUGAUUACGGGCGAGACGCCCUACAAGGGCUUCGAUCCUUUGUCCGUGGCCUAUGGCGUGGCUGUCAACACGCUGACCUUGCCCAUACCAAAAACCUGCCCAGAGACCUGGGGAGCCCUGAUGAAAAGCUGCUGGCAAACGGAUCCACACAAGCGACCUGGUUUCAAGGAGAUACUCAAGCAACUGGAGAGCAUCGCGUGCUCCAAGUUCACCCUGACGCCUCAGGAAUCCUUUCACUAUAUGCAGGAGUGCUGGAAGAAGGAGAUCGCCGAAGUGCUCCACGACUUGCGCGAAAAAGAAAAGCGUUUCCAAACCAUCGAAGAGGAAUUGCGCAACAAGGAAGAGCAGCUGCUCAGGGUGCAGAACGAACAGCGCGAGAAGGCGACCCUCUUAAAGAUCCAGGAACAGAUUCUGCGCGAACGCGAAAUGGUGCUUAUAGAAAGGGAACUGGUCAUGAUGCAGCCGGUGCCCUCAAAACGCAAGCCCAAAAAGGGCAAGAAGAACAAACCACUGCAGAUAUCGCUGCCCACUGGAUUCAGGCAUACCAUCACGGCCGUACGCGACAAGGCGGAACAGCCCGGAUCACCUUCCUUCUCCGGACUGCGCAUCGUGGCACGAUACCAGGGUAACAGCAAGAUGGACGACUGGCGAGCGGGGGCCACCAGCAUGCCGAUAAUGUCGCCGUCGCCGUAUCUCCUCAGCCGCUUCACCAGCAACGUACCGCUGCCGACUCUCUAUGCCGGCGAUUCCGCCCGAAAGCCGAAGCUCUCGGUGAUCGAGCUGCUGCUCUACAACAUGGCCUCCCUGUUGGCAGGAGUGGCGGCCGGAUACGAUGUCCGGAUGUCGAACGUGUCGCCAGUGCAUCCCACAUUGCUGAGUGAAGUGCCCGCCCUGAAAGCGGCGCCCAAAGCAGCGGUUACAGUUUCCGAGGAAGUGGAGCCACAACAGGAGCAGAUCAUGGAACUGGAGGUGGAUGCGCCACUUAAACAGCAGGAGGGCGAACGGCAGGAUCUACGGGAAAGCACGCCCAGGAAGAUGAUCAACCAGUCGAGAUUUGGCGGCAUUGAAGCUCCGGUCAGCAAAUCCCAGCCCACAUCCCUGGCCCGGCGAAUCGGCGGUAGUCAGCCGUAUUACACGCCCGUUCAGCGGACACCACAGCACCAGUUGCACCACCCGCAGCAGCACCACCAGCCACAGCCAGUUCCCUCUGCCGUUCCAACAACAGUGGCGGCAUCACAGCCACUAGCCGGUGUUGGAGUGGGUGCACUUUAUGCCGGAAACCAGCCACCGACGCCAUCGCCACGCCGCAAACUGAGCAACAGCAGCUUUGGCAACCCCAAUCCUCAACCGGAAGCCUUCCAGGAGUUCCGUGUUGGCGGUGGCAUCGGUCCACCGCCACUUUAUGCGCCAGCGGAUUACCUGAGAAACGGACCGAGUUACUCCAACGAUGGGGGAAACUACCGGAAUGGCUACUUUGGUUCCAAUUACUUCCCGUACCGGCCGGAGUUGAACUACAGCUACGAGCGUGACUGCAAGUCGUAUCCGGACUACUCCUACGACUAUAACCAUCGGCUACCUGACUACUACGACUACCAGUAUGAACCGCCAGUGGUGGCCGUUCCCGUGACCGUUCCCUGUCCGGUCAGUCAGACCCGAACACCACCUCCACGGGUUCCUCAAAUGGGCGUGAGUGCAGCCGGACACCGACGCACUCCCUCGACCGUUUCAAAUAAUUCAAAUGUUCUAUUAGAACACGAAGAGCUGCUUUGCUAUGACUACAACAAUCUUAACUUGAAUGCGGAGUAUGAGAGGGAACGGGAGCGGGAACGAGAACGGGAGCAAGUGCCUCCACCCACAAAGCAGGAGCUGUACGCGGGAUCACCCAAGCUGCUGAACCGCCUGAUUCACAGUCCCUUGCCGAUGACCAAGAGCAAAUAUGCCACGGCGGCGGUCACGCGGCCAGCCAGUCUGCCCUUCGAGCAGCAUUCCCUCUCGCUGGGCUAUCAGCAACCGAACGUGGGAUCGGUGGGGGCUUCGCUACCACCCCCACUAGCUGGCCAAUCCAAGCUGCGCAGCUCGCUAAAGAAGUACAACGGUGGGAAUGGAGGGAAUGGCUCCACAUCCUCGCAGCAGGGCACACCCACAAAUCCCACGCCGCCGGAUUCGCUGACCAGUGAUGAUAGCUCAUAUUUGAGUGCCAAAGAGGGUUCCAUUGGCUCCCAGCAUAGCCGGGUUCGCUUCAGUCCGGAGGCCUAUUUGGAUGCCAAUCCGCUGCCCACAUUGGGACGCAGGAUGACGGCUCCGGCGAUGCAGUUGCCACAUCAACAGCAGCAGCAGCAGCAGAGGCGCCAGCGACAGGCUUCCAGUGGCAGCACUCCAUCGCCAUCGGCCUCAUCCUCCUAGCAGACGCGACUGGCGCUAACCUUGCAGUUGGCGCGGAGUCCAGGAGCGGACAUCGGAACCGGCGGAGGGGCAGCUGGCUUGGCGCUGCAUCAGCAGAGGGUUCCCUAUCGCUGGUACUCGGGAGCCCGGCGAUCUCGAUCGGCACACUAUGAGUACCGCCUGUGAAAGAGCAGGACAGGCUCAAGUAGGCAAGCGAAAAAGAAAGGGAUAGCCAUAGGACCUGGACGAGAUCGGAGGAGUAGAUGAACGAGAGGGUCAUCUUUUUAAAUAAGGAAGCUUACCUCAAAACAAAGGGACAUGCAUUCUAAAAAUUCAAAAGAUACCAGGAGAAGCCAUAAAAAUCAUAAUCAGAAAAAUAAGUUACGCAAAAGAGCAAUACCUCAUUGAUAGAGGAGCAGUCAGCUGGAAUUAAGCAUUCAUCUACGAAAAUUAAACAAGCAAUUAAGGAAAAAACUAAAAACUAUAGCUGCAGAAAAACUUACAAAGCCACAGUCGAAAGACUCCAGAGAAAUAAAAUGGUUUUCAGGAAGAAUUAUAACAUAUAUCAAAGGGAUAGAAUGGAAAAAAUCAGCAACCUUGUGGUCACGAGCGUUUUUACCUCACAUCAAAGCGAGCGAAUGCAAUUCUAAAUAUUAUAGGAUCUUGCAGAAUUUGAAAUCAAAGCAGCGUAUACCCACUGUCUGUAUAUAAAAGUAGUUACCAAGUUGUUCACCCGCAAGUAAAUAUAUCAAAUUCGAUGUUAAUAAUAGCCAACAGAUAGUCAGGAAAACAUAUAGAGGGGAGUUCUUGAAGCAUCUGGAGAUUUUCGGGAGACCUUUUCUUGUUCCGAUACUGAACUCAACUCCUUGGAGCUUCCGAAUCUCCAGAAGUUUUGUAUAGAACCCCCUGAUAAAUACACCCAUAGUUACACAUGUGCAACCCCCGACUUGUGCGAUUUGCCUUAAAAGUAGAGUGAAGACUUCACUAGUUUUGCCUGAUGCCGGAUUCCAAAACAAAAAGAAACUUCUCAUCCUAACGAAUCCCAAUCCCUUGUAUAAGAAUAACGAUUUAACUGAUGAACAAAUAGUUUGAUAUAGCUAAUAUACUCCCAUUUAUGUAUUAUACAUAUAUAUAUAUAUACAUAUUUAUAAAGACGAAGUUCUUCACUUGCGUUCUCCGAUUCAGAUUAAGUGCAGCCAGCUAGCAAGCCAUCAACAACAACAACAAUAAUAAUAAUUAAUAAAACUUUGUAAUUCCGAGGACACCACAUCCCAAUCAAGACACACGCCAGCCGUAAGCUCCAUUUUUAAGUCUGACAAAAUGUUUAUAUAUUAAUAUAUAUUUAUAGACACUUAGAUAUAGACCGAUAUAGACGCGUUAACCCAAACCACUAGCUCUGAAUUGAAUACCAGUAUAACUCGAUCGAUUUACAACUACUUAUAAUGGAUAUAUACGAGUAUAUACAUAUAUUAUAUAUAUAUACAUUUAUGUAUAAAACACAUAUAUAUAACGAAGCAUAUUGCUGCUGUUUUUUCCAAAUAAUGAAUACAUAGCUAUGAUAAUGAUAUAAUGGCGAUGAAUUUGACUACCUUUACAUAUAUAUGCCACGUACAUAGAUACUUCUACUAAAAUGCUUAUUAUGUAACCGAUUAUGUAAUCAUGUUUAUUUUCGAGGGGUUUUGUAAAUAUCUUGAGAUUUUAAGGGUUUUUAUGUGGGUUCACAAACUUGUAUGAUUCUUUAAGGGAUUUUCCAAAGCAAUGUACUUUAAAAUAUUUAAUCUAAUGAUUGUAUUCAUUUUUAAAUCUCAAGUUAUUUAGAAAACACCCCGAAUAAUGUGUAAUCUGAUCGCAGCAUGCACAAAUGGCUUUCUUCGACUUUCGAGGAGCUCAAUUACCAAUUUAGUUACUCGACCUGUUUGCCACUCGAACAAACACAAACUCUAGGCCAUAGUAUUUCAUUUGGGUGGCCGGCGAGUCCACCCCCCAACCUCAUGCAUAUAUUUAACAAUUAAUAACUAUAAUUUAGACAAAUUGUUGUUUAUGCUCACACAAAGCCGAAGUUAACCAAAAAUGGGAACCGAUUGAAUCCGAUUGACCAGAAACAGAAACAGAAACAAAGCAAUAUAGCCACGCAUCUGCCCUUAACAUUUACCCACUAGCUUAAUUGCAUUCGCCUGCAUUAUUUAUUAAUUAGAAAGGGGUUCGAGUUCUUAAGUUUAUUUUGUAUUUGCUGCUUAAUUGCCUUGAAUUAGCAAGCGGAGAAAACAAUUUCAAAGGGGGGCAUUUGAAAAGUUUGAUCGACGGGAAGGGGGGGGUUUGGAGCGGACUCACAAAUAUGCAAAAACAAAAUGCUGCUUGUGACUUAUGUUAUGUACAAAUUAGCAAUUAACAAUUGACGAUUCAUUUAAAUCAUUCAGAGACCAAAAUGCGAAAAUAAAAACU